UUGCCUCCUCUGACUCUCUUUAGCAUCCCUGCAAUCAACAGCACUGCAGCUACAUAUGGAGACCAAAACAACACGAAUGGCUCCACGUGUGCCCAUUAUGACAAUGAAUGGCAAUUCACUGUUAUCCCAGUGUACAUCCUGAUGGUCAGUGUGCUGGGACUCGUGUUGAAUGCGUUUGUCCUGAUGGUUUUCUGCCUUCAUAAGAAGGCCUGCACCGUGGCUGAGAUCUACUUGAGCAACAUGGCUGCUGCUGACUUUAUCCUCAUGGCUUUUUUGCCCUUCUGGGCUUUGAACGCAGCCAAUAAAUUCAACUGGACUUUACCUCAUUCCCUGUGUACACUGGUCCCCCUUUCCAUCAACAUAAAUGCCUACAGCAGCAUCUACUUCCUGGUUCUGAUUAGCAUCGAUCGUUAUGUGGCACUGGUACUCCCGAUGUCCAACAAGAGAAUGCGCAGGCCAAAAUAUGCCAAACUUUGCUGUGCUCUGGUGUGGGGCUUCGGUUUACUCCUGAGUGUUCCCACUCUCGUCUACAGGAAAGCAGAAUAUAAACUUGAGAGUAAUACUACUGUAUGCUUUCUGGAUUACACAAAUGAAACACGGCUUGUGUUUGAUGUGCUACUGAUGAUGUUGGGCUUCAUCAUCCCCAUUUGUAUUAUUUCCUACUGCACUCUCAAGAUUAUUCAAGCUCUGAAAAACCGGAUAACUGAAGGAUUACACAGCCUGAAGAAGGAGCAGAAGGCCACCACUCUGGUGCUGGCGGUCCUCCUGGCAUUCAUGAUCUGCUGGGUGCCAUUUUAUCUGGUAAAGAUGCUAGCAUUGUUAAUGGAUUUUGAUGUCCUGAGAGGGUGUAGCAUCGGGACCAUCGUGCCAUUGUGCAGGCAAAUUUUCAUGAACUUGGCCUUCUUCAACAGUGUUCUUAACCCCAUCCUCUACGUCAUUGUAGGGAAGAACUUCCGGGCAAAAGUUAGGGAAGUUUUCAACAAAUCAAGGAUUCACACGACAACGACCCUCAACACCAACUCCGCACGCUCAAGACUGAUGAUAAGUGUUAAAACUCAUGAUGUAUUGAGCUGACUUGCAGAAUGGUGAAAUCCAAAUUUCUUUCAUUGGCUUGGCGAAUCUGACCCACUGCCACUAUAUGGCUGUGUUUUAUCUGCAGAAUAACCAGCCAUAGGCUUUCAGCUUAACAAAAAAGUAUUGGAUUGAGUAUU